CGGCGGUUGAAGCGCUUGGGUGGCGUUGGUUCUUCGGACAAGAUGCUGGUGUUGAUGCUGGUGGCGGUGCUGGUGGCGGCGGCGACCCUGCAGCCCUGCUUGCUGGCCAGCGCUCGGCAGCUGUGCCGUACUCACAUGGUGAGGACAGGAAAGGUGUUUCAUGUCAGACAGCAAAUCCAAGGGGACCAACUGUAUUUUUCAUCUAUGACAUCACACUUGAUUAAGCAUCCUUGCAAGAAAAACAUAGCCCUGUAUCUAGGAAGACGACUUUUUUUCACGAGAGAUAAUUUCAGAAGUAGUCUCCUUCCACUUUCCAUCCCUACAUCAAUGAAGGCUGGCCUACCGGAAGUAACAUCGGCACACAUCGCUGGCUCAGUACUGCUGUUAGUAGUCAGUCGAAAAGUCUAUAUUUACAAUUAUGAAGCCAAUUACUGGAACACAUCUAUAGGUAUAGAACACCCUGUUUCACAUGUUUCUGGUGACAAUUGUUGUUAUAGUGGACAUCCCUUUUGCGUCGAUAUAAGUAACUCAGUUUUUGCUUAUUUGCACGGAGAUCAAAUAUCUCAGACCUACAUAUAUUUCUCAAACAAUGGGGGAUUCAGAUUUCAGAAGUUUGCCUAUGAAAAACAGGCAGAACUAGUUGGGUCUUUGGGUGGAAUCUUCUACUUUCACUCCUUGUCACAGGUUGGGCUGCUUCUCAUUGAUCAAGGGAAGGCUAGAUUCAGCUACUCGGAACACCCCCUGAACUUCAGUUUUGGGCUGCCUUUUGACUACAACGGGACCCUUAACAUCCUCAUCACCCCCGGCCAGAAGGGCAUCCUGAUCUUCUGGUUUGAGAGGAGCCUGUUGCUUUCCAGAAACUCAGGUCAGCUGGUUUACCCUGUCCAGGUGAAAGAAGGACCCCACACCUUGCUCUCUUCCAUUUCUGAGGCCAACGUCACCAUCUACAGCGUGGCCGCCAAUGAAUAUGAACUGGCAGUUUUAACUCAGGAGAACAAUUUGUAUUAUGGCAGCCUGGGAAUCCUGUCAAGUUCUCUAAUCAAAUUUACAGGCCAAAACAUCUGGUCCCAAGAGGCAGCCCUGAUGUUCACUGAUGUGGGGAGGGUGGAGAUACUGGUCCCGCUGUCCGACCCGGUGUUUCCAGCAUUCGAUUUCGAGAAGUGCCCCAUCAACAUCCAGGCGAUUCUCAUGGAUCCUCAACUCCAAGUUGAUGUUUGCAAAGUAGAGCUUCUGCAAGGAGAAUUUGACAACAAAAUGUACACCAUUGACAUGAACAGCGAGUUGGAGCUGACCGCCCUGAUGAUACCACGGCCAGGCAUGUCCCUGGUCCCGCUGGCAAUGGUGAGCAACCCGCACUCCCUGGGGCUGCAGGCCGUCAUCUACGAGGAUGGCUACACUUAUGACGGGAACACCAGACACAGACUGAACAUUUCCCUGAGGCAGCAGCACCACUGGGGCAGAGCCGACCCCAACUUCACCUCCAGCAUAAAGAGACCCACAGGCUCUACCAUCACUCUGGACAUAGCCAACAAAGAAAUUUCGUGUGUGGACCUCAAGCCACUGACGGCGCUCAUUUCAGUGGGUUGUGACCAGGAGAAAAAGAUCGUCAUUCAGAAUGAAAUCUCAGCCUGUUACAACGGCAUCCUGGACCCCGUGGGCCUACAGGACAAUUAUAGCUACGUCAUUGAGAGGGAAGCCUAUGACCCCAACUUCCAGGGGCAGAAGGCCAGUGAGGACCUGGUGGUGCAUUACCACUACGAGAAGCUGGGCUGCCCCCACCUCGUCUACUACAACACCCCGUGGAAGCCCGUGGUGGAGCUGUGGCGGGAAGGGAAGUUCCAGGAGGUGAUCCAGGCGGAGUUCGUCCUGCUGGAGGUGAACGGGCUGUUCACAUACACGUACUCGCUGACCGCAAGCACGGCGCUCUGCAGGUCGCAGCCGCAGAACUGGACCACCAUCAUGAGUGACGCCGGCGACAAAGGGCUCUUCUCCUGGAACCGAGAGAACUACGUCAGCUGCCAUGACCCCGACAACGAUGCGCCCUUGAUGUGGCCAGAUGUCCCCUAUCAGAUCUUGGGAGGCCCGACGGCAAACAAGGUUAUUUUCGAGCAGAGGAAUGGAAUCUACAUCUUCUACAUUUCUAUCGUGGACCCGUACUACAGCUACUGCCACUUGGAAACGACCUUCAGCGUCUACGUCUACGGGGCCUUCCCACUGUCCGUCAUCCCCACGGCGGUCAUCAUCAUCCCACUCAUGGUCAUGCUGCUGUCCGUGUGGCUGGUCUACGCGAUCCCCAAACUGCUGCACACUGAGAAGGGCCUCAGGUUCAAGAGCUUCUGGGCUCACCUGUGCAGGAGGUGCAGAAAGGCGUGUUUCUGAGGUGGGAACUGAGCGCACCAGGGGAGCGCAGGG